CUCCCUUCCCCCGUCGCUAUGGCAAUGAGCUGCGCCGUCCCGGCAGUACCGCUGCCCCAACUCUGCUCAUGGUUUGCCCUGGCCUGCCUGACAGCGGCUGCCGCUCCAGCUCUUCCUCCAACACACAUCUGUCUUGAUUGAAGCUUGACAUAAAAUGUUACAGCAGCUUUGCUUCUCAAAAUGGUUAGCAAUAGGAGUUGCGGUUUCCGUGGUCUUCAUGGAUUGUUUGGCCCAGAAUGAUGAUGACUGGCAAUAUGAGGACUGCAAGUUGGCCAGAACAGGGCCUCCAGCAACCAUAGUUCCAAUUGAUGAAGAAAGUCGGAAUGGUACUAUCCUGGUAGACAGCAUGCUGAUCAAAGGUACAGCGGGAGGACCUGAUCCCACCAUAGAACUAACAUUGAAGGACAACGUAGACUAUUGGGUUAUCUUAGAUCCAAUCAAUCAGAGACUUUAUCUAAAUAGUACCGGACGUAUUCUGGACAGAGAUCCACCAAUGUCCAUCCAGUCUAUUGUGGUCCAAGUCCAGUGCGUUAACCGAAAAGUAGGAACUGUCAUCUACCAUGAAGUUCGGAUUGUGGUGAGGGAUAGAAAUGAUAACUCCCCGCAAUUUCAGCAGCAGCAGUACUAUGUUGCAGUAAAUGAGUUAACACCAGUUGGAACCACCAUCUUUACCGGAUUCUCCGGACACAAUGGUGCCACAGACAUAGAUGACGGUCCCAAUGGCCAGAUAGAGUACGUCAUCCAGUACAAUCCCAGCGACCCAACAUCAAAUAGGACUUUUGACAUUCCUCUUACAUUGUCUGGAGCAAUAGUUUUACGUGAGCGACUAAAUUACGAAGAAAAGACCCGGUAUUUUGUCAUUGUCCAAGCAAAUGACCGGGCUCAAAAUCUUAUGGAACGAAGAACAAGUACUACCACCCUGACUGUUGAUGUCCUUGAUGGCGAUGACCUUGGACCAAUGUUCCUUCCUUGCAUAUUAGUUUUUAACACCCGGGACUGUCGACCACUCACGUACCAGGCUAGUUUGCCAGAGCUCACUGACCCUGCACGUGUGAACCCAAUCAAUGUCACACCACCCAUACAAGCUAUAGAUCAAGACCGAAACAUUCAGCCUCCUUCUGAUCGGCCAGGAAUCCUCUACUCCAUCCUAGUUGGGACUCCUGAGGACUACCCACAGUAUUUCAGUAUGAAUGUUACGACUGCUGUACUCAGCCUCCUAAAGCCAAUAAACAGAGAUUUGCACCAGAAAUUUGAUUUGGUUAUUAAGGCAGAACAAGACAAUGGCCAUCCUCUUCCAGCAUUUGCCAAUCUACAUAUUGAAGUUCUAGAUGAAAACAACCAGAAACCUUACUUCACAGAAUCAACAUAUGAUGGCUUUAUUUUGGAGUCCUCACCUGUGGGUACCACUAUCUCAGAUAACAAGAACUUGACAUCUCCAUUGCAAAUCAUAGCUUUGGAUAACGAUGUCGAAGAGACAAAGGACCCCCUUCUCCAUCUUUUUCUAAAUGACUACAAUACGUUUUUCACUGUGACUCAGACUGGCAUAACUCGCUACCUCACUUUACUUCAGCCUGUUGAUAGGGAGCUCCAGCAGUUGUACACCUUUUCGAUGACAGCUUCUGAUGGUGUGCAAGAAAGUCUGCCAGUUACAGUCAAUAUUGUUGUGAUUGAUGCAAAUGAUAACUCUCCAGCCUUCUCCAACAUAUCAUAUAAUGUCAAGAUUUACACAGACAUGAGGCCUGGAGAAAGUGUGAUCAAGCUGACCGCCAUGGAUGCAGAUGAGGGUCCAAAUGGACAGAUCGUAUAUGAAAUCCUGGCUGGGGAUCAGGGAGACUUCAUAAUCAAUGAACAGACAGGCCUUAUCACCAUUGCAACAGGAAUUGUAUUGUCAGUAGGACGUUCCUAUGCCCUCACUGUCAAAGCAUCUGACAGUGCUCCACUUGCACAGAGGAGGAGCUCCAUCACAACUGUUUACAUUGAGGUCCUUCCUCCAAACAAUCAAAGCCCACCCCGCUUUCCUCAGCAGAUGUACAGCCUUGAACUCAGUGAGGCCAUGAGAAUUGGUGCCAUUUUGCUUAAUUUGCAGGCAACAGAUCGAGAGGGUGACCCGAUAACAUACCUUAUACAGAAUGGAGAUCCCCAACGAGUUUUUAACCUUUCUCGAACAUCCGGGCUGCUAGCCUUAGGAAAGCCUUUAGACAGAGAAAGCACUGAUCGCUACAUUUUGAUUGUUACAGCCUCAGAUGGCCGACCUGAUGGGACUUCAACUGCUACAGUGAAUGUGGUUGUAACAGAUGUAAAUGAUAAUGGACCCAUCUUUGAUCCUUUUCUUCCCAAAAAUCUUACAGUACAAGAAGAGGAAGCCAAUGCAUUUGUUGGUCAAGUGAGGGCUACAGACCCUGAUGCAGGAAUAAAUGGCCAAGUACGAUACAGUUUGGUGAACUUCAACCAUCUCUUUCGCAUCACAUCCAAUGGCAGCAUUUACACUUCCGUGAAGCUAAAUAGGGAAAAAAAGGACUAUUAUGAACUAAUUGUUGAAGCAACAGAUGGAGCUAUGGAUGCCCGUCGUACAACAUUAACUCUGGGAAUCAAAGUCCUGGAUAUUGAUGACAACAGCCCUAUUUUCACUAACGCCUCCUACUCAGUAACUAUUCCUGAAAACUUGCCACCAGGCACUGUCUUUCUACGUUUAGAGGCUAAAGAUAUUGACGUUGGAUCUAAUAUUACAUAUGGAAUACGAACUCAGGAAGCACUCCAGUUUGUUUCAUUGAACAAAUUUUCAGGGGCACUGUCACUUCUAAAGUCCUUGGAUUUUGAAUCAUUUCCUGGCACAGAUGCAACAUUCACAUUCCUAGUGGAAGCCUUUGAUAUUGGAGGAACAAUGCCACCAGGUCUUGCCACUGUCACUGUGAGAAUAAGGGAUAUGAAUGAUUACUCCCCAAUAUUUAGCAAACCUUUUUACAGGGGCAUGGUUGCUCCUGAUGCAAUUAAGGGCACCGUAAUCACAACAGUUGAAGCUGAGGAUCAGGACCCACCGGGGACACCAGCAAGUCGAGUAAGGUAUAAAGUAGAUGUUGUCCAGUUUCCCUACAGUGCAAGUAUCUUCGAUGUUGAAGAAGAUUCUGGAAGAGUAGUAACUCGAGUGAACCUUAAUGAGGAGCCUAGUACACUAUUUAAGCUCGUGAUCAUUGCCUAUGAUGAUGGUGACCCUGUGAAAUUCAACACCACUACUGUAGAAAUUUCAGUAUUGCAACCUUCCGUAAUUCCACGGUUUACCCAGGACGAAUACAGGCCCCCUCCUGUGAGUGAAGGUGCACCCAAAGGAACUCAGGUUGUUGCUGUAACUGCUGCUGCCUUGAAUCAGACUAUUGUCUAUUCCAUUGUUUCAGGAAAUGAAGACGGUGUGUUUGCCAUUAAUAAUAGAACGGGUGUUAUCUCCAUCAAAAAAUCUCUGGAUUAUGAAACUCUGAAAAACUAUUUACUUCGUGUACAAGCCGAUUCAUUGCAAGUGGUCCGCUCAAAUUUACCUGUGCCAUCCAAAAGUAAUACUGCCAAGGUGUUUAUUGAAGUUCAGGAUGAAAAUGACCAUGCUCCUGUCUUUACAAAAAAGCUCUACAUAGGAGGCGUGUCUGAAGAUGCUAGAAUGUUUUCCUCUGUGAUGAAAGUGAAGGCUAAUGAUAAAGAUACCGGCAACUACAGCGCUAUGCAGUACAGACUCAUCAUUCCUCCAAUCAAGGAUGGAAAGGAAGGCUUUGUGAUUGAACCAUAUACUGGGCUGAUCAAAACUGCAAUGCUAUUCAAAAACAUGAGGCGAUCUUAUUUCAAGUUUCAGGUCAUUGCAACUGACAACUAUGGAAAAGGGCUGAGCAAUAAAUCAGAUGUGCUUGUCUCUGUGGUCAACCAGUUGGAUAUGCAAGUAAUCGUCUCAAAUGUCCCCCCUACCCUUGUGGAACAGAGCAAGGAUCAGCUUAUAGGGAUUUUGGAACGCUAUGUUCAAGAUCAGAUACCUGGUGCAAAAGUUGUGGUAGAAUCCAUUGGUGCUCGCAGAUACGGAGAUGGCUAUUCAGAGGAAGAUUACUCCAAAUCUGAUCUUAUGGUCUACGCAAUUGAUCCUCAAACAAACCGUGCUAUAAUGAGAAAUGAGCUUUUCAAGUUUCUGGAUGGAAAGCUGCUAGAUAUCAAUAAAGAGUUCCAGCCAUACCUGGGGCAAGGGGGACGUAUUUUGGAAAUCCGCACUCCAGAUGUGGUGGCCAACGUCAAGAAACAGGCACAAGCAGUUGGCUACACAGAAGGGGCAUUGCUGGCUCUGGCUGUCAUUAUCAUCCUUUGCUGCAUGCCUGCUAUUUUAAUAGUCAUGGUCAGCUACAGACAAUUUAAAGAGAGACAAGCAGAAUGUGCAAAGACAGCUCGGAUCCAGAUGGCCUUACCAGCUGGCAAACCAGCAAGUGCGCCUGCCAACAAUCUCUAUGAAGAACUUGGUGACAGCACUAUGCGAGGAUAUGCACAGCAAGAGCAACAGCAAUUGCUGAGGCCUUCCCUUCUCAGACCAGAGGAACUGUCUAUGGAAUCUGGUAUUGACCCUGGCCAAGAGUACUAUGGACAAGACUACUACAGUUAUGAACAUGGGUACGAAUUGCCUCAAUAUGGAAGUCGUCGCAGAUUGCUCUCUCCUUCUGGCAUGUAUGAUGAGUAUGGUGAAAUGGUUGUGGAAAGCGAUGGAGGCUACUAUUACAGUCCACAGGGACCUACAGCAGAAGCAGAGUGGGCUGGAAAGAAAAGAAUCAAGUUGGUCGUUGAUCCAGAAUAUGAGACCAGCUCCACUGGAGAAGACAGUGCUCCAGAAAGCCAGAAGAAUCGCCUCCGCAAUCCAAACAUUCAAACCAAUAUCAACGGCAACAUCUACAUUGCCCAGAACGGCUCAGUUAUAAGAACUCGGCGAAGUUGCCUUUCUAACCACAUAAAGGUCGCCUCCCCUGUGAGGCUGGGGAAACAUUUCAAGAAGCUUGAUAAGUUAGCGGUCACGCAUGAGGAGAAUGUCCCGCUGAACACGUUUUCAACAGGGGCGUCAUCUAGUGACAAACUGCCCACAAGACCCUGUAGCGUUUCUUUUGCAUCCUCUGCUAUAGACACUGACAAUAUAGCAACCAAAUCAGGAGGGAAUAGAUUGAAAAGCACAGAAGAGCAAGAAUCCAUUAUUGAUAACGAGGAUGUCAAAGGGUCUUUGGAAUUGCCCAGCGAUCACACGCAGUCAGAUGAUGACGAACUCUGGAUGGGUCCCUGGAACAACCUUCACAUACCAAUGACAAAGCUGUGA